CUUAUAUCUUCCUCGCUGUUUCUUUAAUACGACUGUCAUAUGUAAAAAGAAGUUGAUCGUAUAGAAUUAAACUGCCCCCGGAAAAAAGACACCGCCCGCCACACACUGGGUCUGAUAUCUGCCAAUUAGGGGACUCUCAAACAGCUUGACAACAACCCAACUUUGAAUCUUAUCGAGAGCGAACGACUCGAUCGCAACGCCCAUACUAUACCCCUUCCAUUCCUUGCGUGGCGGCCGCAUACGCCGCGAUUCAGAAUAAAGGCUGGCUCCUCCUCGACGUAAUGCCUCUCCUCCACCAUACACUCCCCACGGCUAUUCACACCAACAUCCACACCGUGGUCCAGACCUGAAUCUCGCACGAUCGACUCUUCCGCCCGGCUACCUCAGCACUUCCCCUGAUCUACUACAAAGCCAGCUGGCUAAAGAGGUGGCUUCUCCAUCUGAUUCGGCUGUCCCGCCUUCCCCGACUUCCUCCACGUCCCAUACCCCACUCAACAGCGAUGGCCCUUCAUCAGCACUGCACCCGCGGGUCGCUGUAAUCCUUGGUGUAGACCGCAGGUGGUAUAUUCCCCUGUUGGUAUGUCGGGCUCUGAGCACACUUCCAGCUGGCUGGUGGGGUUUGCGAUGCGCCUUUACCUUCCUCGCUGAGUUGCUGCAUAUAAGGCCGGGUAUGGGACGAGAGGGGUGGGCGGCGGCGAUUGUUGGUAGUGUUGGACAGGAAUGGGACGUUGAGAGGAGGUUCCGUGUGACGGAGGUGGCAUUGGCUAUUAUGUGGUGCUGUGCAUCCGCAUAUCUUUCUUAUUUCUUUGCUGAUUGCAUGAUGUCUCGAUGGCUUCUGAACUACACUCCACCGGCUGUUGUGAUCCGACUUCUAACAACCAACGGCCUGAUUGCAUAUAUCACUUCUUGGGUCCUUUAUCUAUCUGGUGCAUCCUCUGACCCCCGACUCCUUUUACCAGCUUGGAUCUCCAUAACAACCUCUUUAACCUUUGUCUACCACGCAACGCAAAACCAUGCAACCAUCAAACGAGAAACAGCAGCAUCGCUACUAGUCGUUUCUGUCGCAAGCUUCCUAAGCAUGUCCUCACUCCUCAUGCAGCUACAUCUAACCCGUGAGAACGAACCAGAAGUGCCUGUCUUCGUUAUCACUCGCAAACUUUGGGACUGGGCUGUGGCCAUCUUCCUGCGCAUGCGAGUUGCGGAUGACCGUAUUCCUGUUGGAGAGCUGUAGCUUGCUUACUUGCCCGCUGGUUACUGGGCUUUACUUUUCUUUUUCUGUUUCGUGAUAACUUGCGAAUUGACUUCCACAGUCUAGACAAGCUGGACAAGCGUUCUUGACUAGACAGGGGGUGGAUGAUUUGUACAUUUUUUGGGAUUUGAUUUUGAUUUAGUUGAAGACUCUUUGUCUUCGGUGGACUUUGUUGCGCUUAUACCCCUGGCCUAGGGAUGUUUUUCUUUUCAGACAUGGCGA